AUGGUGUAUUUCUUUUGCCAUGACGACACAACACGGGGGGUACUUUAGGAAUUUCUGGGUGGGGAUGUGCCGCUAGGACCCUGAAACCCUUAACCUAUUCCAGAGCUGGUUCACCUGAAUUUUGCUACCCUAUACCAGAGUAAACUCCCCAAAUCCCCCCUAUCUUAGAGUAGCUGUUUUCCAGAAACUAGUGAAGUCACUAGCACAGUAGUCUAGCCGAAACAAAACCCUAUACCACAAUCCCUAGUCUAGAUAAAAUCUUCAACCAACUGAUCAGUUUCCUGAAAAAUGAUACCCUAUUCUAGACCCAAACGUUCUGAUUUAUAUACCCUAUCCUAGAGUAAACUGCUUGAAAACCAUACCUUUCACAGCGGGACAGACCUAUAUAGCCCAUAUAUGGCAGUACCCCCCCCCCGGGCACAACACCCUUAGGGAAUAUUUGGACUCCUGACCGGUAUAUUAGGUGAAGUUUAAUAAAAACUAGAAACAAUUAAUACAAUCAAAUUUAUAGCGUGAUCUUACCUGACCCGUGAAACCGAGAAUAACAACUAGUGCAAAAUAGCUACAAGUAAACAAAAGAAGACCAUGGAAUUAGUGCAUAAUAGCGCGUAGUAUUCUACUACCUAUUUCACGGGUUAAGUAAAAUCACUCUUGUUACCCACUAAGGGCCUGUUUACAUGGAGUGGGGGACCCCGGUCUAGUGGAGUUGAUUUCUUUUGUUUUCACGCUCUGGGAGACACAAAACAAAAGAAACUUACCCUACUAGACCGGGGUCUCCCACUCCAUGUAAACAGGGUCUAAGAGCCUGUGUACGUGGAGGUGGGGUACCCGAGAUAGGUGAGGUAACCCGCUUAGGUAGGGUAACCCGCCUGUCCAUAAAACUCUCAUUUUAAUGUGAUCACGUUUACAUGUUAGGUGCGGUAACCUGCCACAUGUUACCUCACCUACCUGGGGUCCCCCACAUUCAUGUAAACAGGCCCUGGGGCCCUUUGUAAUCGUCUUUUGAAUUUUUAAAGUAAGGUCAAACUAUCUCCAAGACCUAUCUCGUUAUUGCUUUUCGUGGUCGCUGCUUUUCAAUUGAUAAGAAGAAUUGCUUGACUUCUGUCUUGCUUGUCACCACAACGUUAAUCAUUUCGUUAUUUCCUAGACAACUCUACGAGUGUGGGACACUUUUCUUUUCGAGGGAAACAAGGUAAGUUGUACCACAUCCUUUUGGCUCCCUAUCUUGGUAUAACGUAAUUCCUCUUUUGCAAGGUUUUGUUCGAGGCCGGAGGCCGGACGUCACUGUCGUUUGUUUAGUAUGGGAAGUCCGAUGCUUCAACACAAAAUAUAUAUCUACCUGGAUUUAUGAAAACCGGGUUAGCAAACAUUUUGUUGUUUAUCUCAACUUCCACUGUCUUAGCUUGUAUGCUGUGUUGUCUGUUGAUGUCGGAUCUUUUCUCGGUUGUUUCAUAAUUAGGGAUUUGUGUAGAAGUGGCUGUAGACAGAAUUUUGCGAAUUUCUAUCUACAUAUAGCUUCCGUAAACAUUGGUGGUUGCCCUAAUGAGUCACUCACGCAUGAUCUGGAUUUGUUGAAAACUGUUUAAUGACUGGAAUCUUCUGAGAACAAACACCAGCCGACUGGUAUUAAUUAGCGCAAUUCCUGAUCGACAUAUUCAACUUUUUUGUGAACAUUUUAAUGGCACUAUCCCGGUUAACCUCUACUUGUUCAGCGGACGGAGGAAAUGGCGUUUUGGAGAGUUCAAAUUCAAAAAUUGCUCGCCCUCCCCACUCCCAUCUCAUAAAAGUUCGUUCCGUCGGCACUCACCGCUUUUGUCAAGUUUGAAUCCCGUACUUUAAAAUAUUACUCCGCUGACCCGGCUUUUGAAAAAGCUUUGCUGGUAAAAGAAGCGCGGGGGACGCGCGAAAGCGAGCAAAAGAGUAGCUCCUUUUCACGCCAUGCCCUCGCGCGUCCCCCGCGCUUCUCCCAUUUCGCUAAAAGGAGACGGAAACUACUGCUACAUAGGCUGGCGUUAACGUGAUGCUAACCCUGCUGUGGUAUUUGAUCUUAUUUCUCUCGAUCUAUUUUCCAUUCAAGUUCAAUUGUACCCCUUUUUACUAGUAAUAUGUGCUAUUUCCAAAGUGGCCAGCACCCAAGCUUACAUUUAAAGUCAUAGUCUUAUAUCCCAAUUGUUGUACUAGGUGCUUUUCCGAUUUGCGCUAGCAGUCUUCAAGAGCACUGAGGAGGAGCUUCUAAAGUGUCACGAUCACAUGGGUAUCUUCAAUUUCCUGAGGCAAAUGCCGGAGAAAAUCACUGACGCCAACACCCUCAGCCAGGUUAAUAUAUUUUGUUAUUAUGUGGCUGAAUCCGCGAGCGGGCCAGAUAAAGCAAAUUCUGUAUUCCGAUUGGCUACCCGAGCGGGCAUCAUGGGCCCAUGUUGCCAGCUCGGGAUUUCCCGCGUAUAUGGCUGAAUAUUGGCCUCGUUCGUUUCUGCGUUUUUAUUGCCCUCGACUUCGUCCAGGUCAAUAAAAACGCAAAAAAAACUUGGCCAAUAUCCAGUCAUCUUGACCUCACCCUUGGUCAAUAACGCAUGCGCUCUAUGUCAUAUACAGGAUACUUCAUGGAAAGUGCGGGCGUACGGUAUUUACGCACGAGUUGUUGACGACGUAUCAGAAAUCCAACGAUUGAACACACCAUUUUUUCUUUCUUUUUUUUUUUUUUUUUCUUAGAUUGCCUUCCAGGUCCUAAAUCCCUUCCCGAUGAAGAUGAUAAGAACGAAGCGUGCCUAUCACCUGGAAGUCGUCAAGGUGAUAAUAACACUAUUAUUGUAA